AUUUCCAGAAAUAUAAAACCCAAAAAAAAAAACGUCUCUUCUGUGCUACAUACGACUCAUUACUACAUUUUUUUUUUCAUUGUCUCGACGUUUCGGCUAUCUAUAGAGCCAAAACAAAAUAUCAGUAGAGCCAAUUAUCAGUAAUCAAAUAGAAAAUUCAAUUUUAUAUUAUUAAUUUCAGAUCACUGUAUCACCUUUUUUAUCUAUCUCCAAUGUCUUCAGUUGCUGUUGGAAGAUUAAUGGCUACUAUGCCUAAUACAAUGACGUUUAAGCAAGGUCUUUCAUUGAAUCGGAUUCCUCGGAUUUUUUCGCCUUGUUCCAUUCCUUCUAGAAGCUUCCGUAGAAGUUUCGUUACAGCUUCUUCUUUCGCUAAUGAGAAUCGAGAGUAUGUGGUAGUUGGAGGAGGAAAUGCAGCUGGAUAUGCAGCUCGAACUUUUGUUGAGCAUGGACAAGCUAGUGGAAAGCUAUGCAUUGUAACCAAGGAGCCGUAUGCACCAUAUGAACGUCCAGCAUUGACCAAAGCAUACUUGUUUCCUCUGGACAAAAAGCCAGCACGUUUACCGGGCUUUCACACUUGUGUUGGCGCUGGUGGUGAGAGGCAAACUCCUGAUUGGUACAAGGAACAGGGGAUAGAGAUGUUGUAUGAAGAUCCAGUAACAGGAGUUGAUAUAGAAAAGCAAACUGUGACAACAAAUUCAGGAAAGCUGCUCAAGUAUGGCACCCUUAUUAUUGCAACCGGAUGUACGGCAUCCAGAUUUCCUGAGAAGAUUGGAGGAAAUUUACCUGGGGUUCACUAUAUUCGGGAUGUGGCAGAUGCUGAUUCUUUAAUAUCCUCACUGGGGAAAGCAACAAAGCUUGUGGUUGUUGGUGGUGGCUAUAUAGGGAUGGAAGUUGCUGCAGCUGCUGUCGCCUGGAAACUUGAUACAACUAUAAUUUUCCCAGAAGAGCAUCUCUUGUCAAGAUUGUUCACUCCUUCUCUUGCCCAAAAGUAUGAACAACUCUACCAAGACAAUGGUGUCAAAUUCGUCAAGGGUGCUAAGAUAAAACAUCUAGAAUCUGGUCCGGAUGGCAGAGUAUCUGCAGUUAAGCUUGAAGAUGGAUCAAGUAUAGAGACAGACACGGUUGUUAUUGGUAUUGGAGCAAAACCUGCUGUCAGUCCAUUUGACAUGGUUGGCUUAAACAAUACUGUUGGUGGAAUUGAGGUGGAUGGCCAGUUCCGUACAAACAUACCUGGAAUAUUUGCCAUUGGAGAUGUUGCAGCAUUUCCGUUGAAGAUAUACAACCGAAUUGCACGAGUGGAGCACGUCGACCAUGCUCGUAAAUCUGCACAGCAUUGUAUUAAAUCAUUGCUAACUGCACACACGCACACGUAUGACUAUUUACCAUACUUCUACUCAAGGGUUUUUGAAUAUGAAGGAAGCUCUAGGAAAGUAUGGUGGCAAUUCUUUGGGGACAAUGUUGGGGAGGCCGUUGAAGUUGGGAAUUUUGAUCCAAAGGUUGCAACAUUUUGGAUUGACUCUGGUAAGCUGAAGGGGGUACUUCUUGAAAGUGGGAGUCCUGAGGAAUUCCAACUCCUUCCGAAACUUGCACGGAGUCAGCCUUCUGUUGACAAAUCCAAACUUCAAAAUGCAUCCUCAGUGGAAGAGGCUCUAGAAAUCGCUCAAGCUUCCUUGAAGAUUGAAGAUGCUGUUUAACCACCAUCUAUGGAGAGCGUUCUCUCGCACAGUCCACCUAUUUUUCCAGAUAACAAUUUCCUGAGAUUCUGAUUGUGGUAUAGACCUUCCCAUUUGGCGGAUUCGGCAGCCUGUUAAGGUAUGAGAGAGAGAGAGAGAGAGGUUGUUUAUUGUCAGCGUAUUAGAUUGAUAAUAAGAAUGUCACAGGAAAAUGGAUUAUAGAGAGGAGAGGGAACGGUUGCUGUUUAUUGUAACCAUAUUAAGACUGAUAAUAAGAAUGUCAUAGAAAAAUGGAUUUCUAACAUGAAUUCAAAUGGUUAUAGUGCCUUGUAUAUUCCUGUGGAUUACAUACAAGUUUUCUUUUUUCACAUUGA